AAAAAAAAAAAUCCAUAUCUGCCGCAGCUAUACAGCGCUCGCUCUCAAGCAUUUGAACGUCCAUAGCUACAUUCAACACAGCACAUAAGUUUCCACCACUCAUCAUUCAGUGUGAUCACCGAGUGAGCUAUAUCGACCAUGUCUUCCACGACGUUUUACGCCCCAAACGUUGCAUUGGGUAAUCGUGACAGCGUCGAGGAUUGGCGCAUUCGCGGCAUCACUCCACUCACACCACCAGAUUUACUUCAGCAUGAGAUUCGCCAGACUGAGAAAUCGAAAGAGACGGUCAUACAGGGGCGCAAUGACUCUGUUGCAGUUGUUCAUGGCACCGACGAACGCCGCCGACUUUUGGUCGUCGUAGGGCCCUGCUCCAUCCACGAUCCGGCCACGGCUCUGGAAUAUUGUGACAGGCUUCUAGAGCUCAAGAAGAAGUACGAGGACGACCUGGUUAUCGUCAUGCGAUCUUAUCUUGAGAAACCACGGACGACGGUCGGCUGGAAGGGUCUCGUCAACGACCCGGACAUCGACAACACAUUCAAUAUCAACAAAGGUCUGCGCCUCGCCCGUCAGAUGUUCGUCGACUUGACCAACAAAGGCAUGCCCCUUGCGUCGGAGAUGCUUGAUACCAUCAGCCCACAGUUCACUGCGGAUCUUCUUUCCGUCGGCGCCGUCGGCGCUCGCACGACCGAGAGUCAGGUUCACCGCGAACUUGCUUCAGGCUUGUCCUUCCCAGUAGGCUUCAAGAACGGCACCGAUGGUACUCUCGGCGUUGCCAUCGACGCAAUAGGUGCGGUCAGGCAUCCCCACCACUUCCUUUCCGUUACCAAGCCGGGAAACGUCGCCAUCGUCGGCACCGACGGCAACGACGACUGCUUUGUAAUCCUCCGAGGCGGAACACGUGGAACCAACUACGAUUCGGCCAGCAUCGCCGAGGCCAAAGCGGCGUUAGAAAAGAAGUCUCUCAGACCGAAUAUGAUGAUCGACUGCAGUCACGGCAAUUCGCUCAAGAACCACAUGAACCAGCCCAAGGUGGCUGCAGCCAUCGCAGAGCAAUUGCGGGCAGGUGAGACAGGGAUCAUGGGCGUGAUGAUUGAGAGUAAUAUCAACGAGGGUAACCAGAAGGUGCCCCCGGAAGGCAAGGCGGGAUUGAAAUACGGCGUAAGCAUUACCGACGCAUGCAUCAACUGGGAGGACACGGAGAUUGUAUUGAAGGAUUUGGCAGAGGCAGUCGCCGCGAGGAGGACACUGCUGGGCAAGGUGGAGCAGGUCAACGGCCACUAG